AUGCGGCCCGAAGUCGAGCAGGAGCUUGCUCAUACUCUGCUCGUUGAGCUUUUGGCAUACCAGUUCGCCUCGCCUGUGAGAUGGAUUGAGACCCAGGACGUGUUCCUCGCCGAGAGGACGGCAGAGCGUAUCGUCGAGGUUGGUCCUGCCGACACCCUCGGCGUUAUGGCCAAACGUACUCUGGCAUCCAAGUACGAGUCUUACGAUGCUGCCAAAUCCGUUCAGCGACAAAUUCUUUGCUAUAACAAGGAUGCAAAAGAAAUCUACUAUGACGUUGAUCCUGUCGAGGAGGAGCCUGAACCUGUUGCUGGCUCAAGUGCUCCAGCUGCAGAUGCUAGUUCUCCUGCCGCUGCUCCUGCGCCUGUUGCCGCCGCUGCUGCUCCGCCAAGCUCCGGCCCUGCUGCUCAGGUUCCUGAUGAGCCCGUUCAGGCCAUUGAUAUCGUACGCACUUUGAUUGCUCAGAAAUUGAAGAAGCCUUUUUUGGAGGUCCCGUUGAGCAAAGCAAUCAAGGACCUUGUUGGCGGCAAAUCUACGCUGCAAAAUGAAAUCCUCGGUGAUCUGGGCAAAGAAUUCGGUUCGACCCCCGAAAAGCCGGAAGAUACCCCACUAGACGAACUUGGUGCCUCCAUGCAGGCAACUUUCGAUGGCAACCUGGGCAAGCAGUCUCAGUCCUUGAUUGCAAGAUUAAUAUCUUCCAAGAUGCCUGGUGGUUUCAACAUCACAGCUGCUCGCAAGUACUUGGAGACAAGAUGGGGCUUGGGGGCUGGUCGUCAGGAUGGCGCCUUGCUGUUGGCGCUAACCAUGGAGCCUGCUGCUCGUCUUGGAUCUGAAGGCGAUGCCAAGGCCUUCCUUGACGAUGUUACCCAGAAAUAUGCUGCCAAUGCUGGGAUCAGCUUGACUAGCACUUCAUCUUCCGGUCCCGCUGGCGGUGCCGGUGCCGGCAUGAUGAUGGAUCCUGCUGCAAUUGAUGCUCUGACCAAGGACCAGCGGGCUCUGUUCAAACAGCAACUUGAGCUGUUUGCCCGCUAUCUAAAGAUGGAUCUUCGAUCCGGCGACAAGGCUGCUAUUAAUUCGCAGAAAUCUGAAAAGGUUCUCCAGGCCCAGCUUGACCUGUGGACCGCUGAACAUGGUGAUUUCUACGCCGCCGGUAUUGAACCCGUAUUUAGCCCUCUCAAGGCCCGUACCUACGAUUCUUCUUGGAACUGGGCUCGUCAGGAUGCUCUUAGCAUGUACUUCGACAUCAUUUUCGGUCGCCUUCAGGUCAUCGACCGUGAGAUUGUCAGCCAGUGUAUCCGCAUCAUGAACCGCUCCAACCCCAAACUCUUGGACUUCAUGCAGUACCACAUUGAUAACUGUCCCACCGACCGCGGAGAGACAUACAAGCUCGCCAAGGAGCUAGGGCAGAUGCUUAUUGAGAACUGCAAGGAGGUCUUGGACGUCUCUCCGGUAUACAAGGAUGUUGCCGUUCCAACUGGUCCCCGUACGACGGUCGACGCUCGUGGCAAUCUCAACUACGAGGAAGUUCCCCGCGCCAGUUGCCGCAAGCUCGAGCACUAUGUUCAGCAAAUGGCCGAGGGUGGCAAAAUCUCUGAGUAUGGCAACCGUACCAAGGUUCAGAACGACCUCCAGCGCAUCUACAAGCUCAUCAAGCAGCAGCACAAGAUGUCGAAGACAUCUCAGCUUGAGAUCAAGAGCUUGUAUGGCGACGUCCUGCGCUCUCUUGCCAUGAAUGAGAGUCAGAUCUUACCCAAGGAGACAAAUAAGGGCAAGAAGAGUGGCCUCCGUGGCACUAGCCAGAACAAGGGCAAGGUUGAGACCAUUCCCUUCCUCCACCUCAAGCGUAAGACUCUCCACGGCUGGGACUACAGCAAGAAGCUCACCGCUGUCUACCUUAACUGUCUUGAGGAUAGCGCCAAGGAUGGUGUAACUUACCACGGCAAGCAUGUCCUCAUGACGGGUGCUGGUGCUGGAUCAAUUGGUGCUGAAGUCCUGCAAGGCCUCAUCAGCGGUGGUGCCAAGGUCGUAGUGACCACCAGCCGAUUCUCUCGCGAGGUCACCGAGUACUACCAGUCUAUGUACUCCCGAUACGGAUCUCGUGGCUCUCAGAUUGUUGUAGUCCCAUUUAACCAGGGCAGCAAGCAGGAUGUGGAGGCUCUUGUUGAGUAUAUUUAUGAUCCAAAGAAUGGUCUCGGAUGGGACCUUGACUACAUUGUUCCUUUUGCUGCCAUUUCCGAGGCUGGGCGCCAGAUCGAUGGCAUUGACUCCCGCUCUGAACUAGCUCACAGAAUCAUGCUCACUAAUCUCAUCCGCCUUUUGGGUUGCGUCAAGACUCAAAAAGCUGAGCGUGGCUUUGAGACUCGUCCAGCUCAGGUUGUCCUUCCUCUAUCCCCUAACCACGGUACAUUUGGUAACGACGGUCUCUAUUCGGAAUCCAAGCUUGCUCUUGAGACCCUCUUUAAUCGUUGGUACUCUGAGAGCUGGGCCAACUACCUUACUGUUUGUGGUGCCGUCAUUGGCUGGACUCGUGGAACUGGGCUCAUGUCUGGCAACAACAUUGUUGCUGAGGGCGUUGAGGCUUUCGGUGUCCGCACUUUCUCUCAGCAAGAAAUGGCCUUCAACCUGCUUGGUCUCAUGUCACCGACCAUUGUCGAUCUCUGCCAAGCAGAGCCAGUCUUCGCUGAUCUCAACGGCGGCCUGCAGUUUAUCCCCAACCUCAACGAGGCUAUGACCAAGCUACGCAAGGACAUUAUGGAGACUAGCGAAAUUCGGAGGGCUGUCUCAAAGGAAAGCGCCAUCGAGAACUCUAUCGUCAAUGGUGCCGACUCCGAGGUCCUAUAUAAGAAGAAGACGAUUGCACCACGCGCCAAUAUCAAGUUUGACUUCCCCCCCUUGCCUGACUGGAAGAACGAUGUUUCUCCUCUCAACGAUAAGCUCAGGGGCAUGGUCGACCUGGACAAGGUGGUUGUUGUUACCGGUUUUGCCGAAGUCGGCCCUUGGGGUAAUUCUCGUACCCGAUGGGAAAUGGAGGCAUACGGAGAGUUCUCCCUCGAGGGCUGCGUCGAAAUGGCUUGGAUCAUGGGUCUCAUUCGCAACCACAAUGGUGCCAUCAAGGGCAAACCUUACUCUGGCUGGGUCGAUGCCAAGUCUGGUGAGCCUGUUGACGACAAGGACAUUAAGCAGAAGUACGAGAAGCACAUUUUGGAGCACUCUGGUAUCCGUUUGAUUGAGCCUGAACUCUUUGAAGGCUACGAUCCCAACCAAAAGCAGCUGCUUCACGAAGUUGUCAUUGAGGAAGACCUGGAGCCUUUUGAAGCCUCCAAGGAGACUGCCGAGGAGUUCAAGCGUGAGCACGGCGACAAGGUUGAAAUCUUUGAAAUUCCUGACAGUGGCGAGUAUAUUGUUCGCAUGAGGAAGGGGGCUUCUCUCUGGAUCCCCAAGGCUCUCCGCUUUGACCGUCUCGUUGCCGGUCAAAUCCCCACCGGUUGGGACCCCAAGCGAUAUGGAAUUCCCGAAGACAUUAUUUCUCAAGUCGACCCUGUCACUCUCUUCCUUCUUGUGUCUACUGCCGAGGCUCUAUUAUCGGCCGGUAUCACUGACCCCUAUGAAUUCUACAAGUAUGUCCACGUUUCGGAGGUUGGUAACUGUGUUGGUUCCGGUAUGGGUGGUUCAGCUGCUCUGCGAGGCAUGCACAAAGAUCGCUUCCUGGACAAGCCUCUUCAGAACGACAUUCUUCAGGAGUCUUUCAUCAACACAAUGGCUGCCUGGGUGAACAUGUUGCUUAUUUCUUCCUCUGGUCCCAUCAAGACUCCUGUCGGUGCUUGCGCCACCGCUGUCGAAUCCGUCGAUGUUGGUUAUGAAACCAUUAUGGAGGGCAAGGCUCGUGUGUGCUUUGUCGGUGGUUUCGAUGACUUUGGCGAAGAAGGUUCCUACGAAUUCGCUAAUAUGAAGGCCACCAGCAACACUGUAGACGAGUUCAACCACGGCCGAACUCCCAAGGAAAUGUCUCGUCCCACCACAACUACCCGUAACGGCUUCAUGGAGUCCCAAGGUUGCGGCAUCCAGGUCAUCAUGACUGCCCAGCUCGCUCUGGACAUGGGUGUUCCUAUCUAUGGUGUCCUGGCUCUCACCACUACUGCUUCUGACAAGAUUGGUCGCUCUGUGCCUGCUCCUGGCCAAGGUGUACUCACCACUGCUCGCGAGCAUGCUGGCAAAUUCCCCUCGCCAUUGCUCGACAUUAACUACCGCCGCCGCCAGAUUGAGCGCCGCAAGAAGCAGAUUAAGCAGUGGCAUGAAUCCGAGCUUGAAUAUAUCCAUGACGAGAUCGAUGCCAUGAAAGCCCAGGAUGCCUCUUUUGAUGAAAAGCUUUAUGCUCAGGAACGCUUUUCUCACAUCGAGAAGGAGGCUACUCGACAAGAAAAGGAGCUGCUCCGUAGUAUGGGUAACAAUUUCUGGAAGAGCGAUCCCAGCAUUGCUCCUCUCCGCGGCGCUCUGGCUACCUGGGGUCUUACAAUUGACGACCUGGACGUUGCCUCCUUCCACGGCACCUCGACCAAAGCCAACGACAAGAACGAGUCGUCUGUUAUUUGCCAGCAGCUACGCCAUCUCGGACGAUCUAAGGGCAACGCCGUCAUGGGUAUCUUCCAGAAGUACCUCACUGGUCAUCCCAAGGGUGCUGCUGGUGCCUGGAUGAUGAAUGGCUGUCUGCAAGUUCUCAACACCGGUUUAGUACCUGGCAACCGCAAUGCCGACAACGUUGAUCCCGUCAUGGAAGAGUUUGACCUGAUUGUCUAUCCCAGCCGUUCAAUCCAGACAGACGGUAUCAAGGCUUUCUCUGUUACCUCUUUUGGUUUCGGUCAGAAGGGUGCUCAGGCUAUCGGUAUUCAUCCGAAGUACCUAUUUGCAACCCUCGACGAGAAUACCUACCAGCAGUACUGCGCCAAGGUGGAAGCCCGUCAGAAGAAGGCCUACCGCUAUUUCCACAACGGUCUCAUCAACAACAGCCUGUUUGUGGCCAAAUCCAAGGCUCCUUACACUGAUGAGCAGCUUAGCAAGGUGUUGCUCAAUCCUGACGCCCGUGUGAGCGAAGAUAAAAAGUCUUCUGAGCUCAGAUACUCUGACAACUUCAUGAAGCAGUCCGAGAAGGUCAUGACCUCUGAUCGUGCUGCCGAAACCGAAAAGGUUAUGAAGACCCUGGCUCAAAAGGUUGCCAAUAAGAACAGCAAUAUUGGUGUUGAUGUGGAAGACAUCUCUGCAAUCAAUAUUGAGAAUGAGACAUUUUUGGAGCGCAACUUCACCGCUCAGGAGAUCAGCUACUGUAAAGAUGCUCCCAGCCCCCAGAGCUCCUUUGCCGGUCGCUGGAGUGCCAAGGAGGCCGUUUUCAAGUCCCUCGGUGUCGCCAGCAAGGGUGCAGGCGCUUCCAUGAAGGAGAUUGAGAUUGUCAAGGAUGACAACGGUGCUCCCACCGUCAAGCUGCAUGGUGAGGCUGCUUCCGCUGCCAAAAAGGUCGGUGUGAAGGAUAUUGCGCUGUCCAUCUCGCACUCCGACAAUCAGGCCAUUGCUGUUGCCGUUGCCAACUUUUAA